AUGUCAUUGUUGAAUUGUGAGCAGAAGAAUUUGAUAAGCGAACUGAUUCAUGGACUAAAUGCGGCAAAACAGCUCCAAGCUCAGAUCGGAGCAGAUCCUUCGUGGCGCCCUUCUUAUUCUUCGUGUCUCACGACGGAGAUGAAGGAGACUCUCUUACAUCAAAUCGUUUCUUCUUACGAGAAAGCUAUUCUGAUGGCAAACGGAUCCACCAGGACCACCACACAACACAAUCCAACUACGGAGACGGUGGCCACUGCGGAUCCCUUAUCCGGUAAGGUUCCGGAGUCUCCGACGUCUAUUGCCGGAAGUCCGGGAAGCGAAGACUUUCUUGAUGGUGGAUCGAAAGAUUACAUCUUAAGUUCUAAAAAGAGGAAGAUGUUGCCAAAAUGGACAGAGCAGGUGAGAAUUUGCCCAGAGAGAGGCUUAGAAGGACCUCAUGAUGAUGUCUUCAGCUGGAGAAAAUAUGGCCAAAAAGACAUUUUAGGCGCCAAAUAUCCAAGGAGUUAUUACAGAUGCACAUUUCGUAAUACUCAGUGUUGUUGUGCUACGAAACAGGUCCAAAGAUCGGACGGUGAUCCGACGAUCUUCGAAGUAACGUACAGAGGAACACACACUUGCGCGCAGAGGAACCAACCUCCGGAGAAACGAGAAUCCAAACCAAUCGCCACAGUUGUAAAUUCCCAAAAUGACCUCCUCGACAAUCUCAGGACCAACCUCACUGUCCGUACUACUACCAACGGGAUUGAAGGCGACGGUUUCUCGUUCCCCGUUACGCCGCCGUUUUAUUCUUACGAGUCUAUCAACGGAGAUUUCGGAAACGGCGGUGGAACGUUUUGCCACCACGUGGGAAGCUCUGGUCCGUCGGAUUUCACGGGAUUGAUCUCCACUAAUACUUCCACCGGAAGUUCUCCGCUUUUCGACGUGGAUUUUCAUUUCGAUCCAACGGCUGAGAUUGACACGACUUUCCACACGUUUUUACAUGAUACGAUAUAA